CAUAAUGAAUGUGGAACAUUUCAUUUAGAAAUGAUUCUGCUCACAUGACACUCCGGUGACGCCUGUAGUAUAAACACCUAGCUUGAUGGCCCUGGCUGAUGUUUUGUGGGUCUUUCCUUUGUUCCUAAUUAAGGUGUGGACGGAAACAAGGUCUUUUGGUGGAGAAAAAGGAGACUGACCCUGACGUUAUUUUGAAAACUCACAUGGCAGAAUCAUUCCCACAGAAACCAGUCUGAGGCCUAAAGCUUAUGACUUCAGCUGGAAUCAAGAUGACGACAGCUGCACCACUGGGAAAUAAUACCCUGUCUCCAACAAAUGUGACCACAAAGUCUCAAGAAGAAAUUCUUUAUCAGAGUUCCGGAGCAAUCGUAGCUGCCAUCGUAGUUGGAGUGAUUAUUAUAUUCACAGUGGUUCUGCUCAUGUUGAAAAUGUAUAACAGACACAUGAGGGCAAAACGAGAGCUGGAACCCACAAGCACCAAAGUCAAGACCCCACCUACUUUCGGUCAGAACAGUACCAAUGCUAAUCAACCCACAACAGUAACUAUCAUACCAGUGGACAUCCAUAUGCAGAACAGAUGACUGUGGACGUUGGCCCUACCUAUGAGAGAUCACUCUCCUUGAAGAAUGAGACAUGACAACCAGACUCUUUAUUCACAUAGACCUGUGACUCUUUACCAGAGGAGAAUUGGCACUGGUACAGUGACUACGUGUGGAGUUGAAACCAAGGAUUAUGUGGGUAACUGGCCACGUUUUCUUUUAGUAGAAGGAAAAAAUAAAAUGCUGAGCACCUUUGUAUGGCCGAUCUAACAAUGUGAUGGCAUCAUAUCAACAGGAAAAUGAAGAGUCUUAUUUUCUCUGUAGAAGUUAAGUGGCAACAAAUGGCAAAAAUACCCUUUAGAUGGGUCAAAAGAUGCACACUCCUGUAUUUAGUGUCCUUGAUCAGUCAUGAGCAGUUUGGUGGGCUCUCUUUUCCUCUCCUGCAGUGAUCAAUAGUGAUGAAGAUGAAAGAUCUGGAUGUAAAGGCUACAACUAUGCUUCAUUCUUGGAUUUGUUAUGCUUGUAUCUUUUUAUUUUUAUUUUAAGCAUGAGGAAUAACACGUGAAGUAACAAAACUGUAUUCAGACUUCACUGGCCUUUCUGAUUCCCAAUCAGAUACAUACACAUGGAUUCAGAUAAAACAGGGUAUGAAUGUGAUGUGCUUUUUAAAAAAAAAAAGAUUUGAUGUGUUUUAGCAACUUGACAGAAUUUGUCAGUUUCCAGCUGAAUCCCUCUUUUCAGGGAUUUUAACUCAGCAGCCAUAUUUGUGCUGGGUUCUCAGUUUGGGAACACUUAUUUUUUUAUUUUUUUUUCCAAAUGAUGGGAUGGGGGGAAAAAUCAAUUCUAUUUUUAAAUUAGAAGAGGUUCAAACAGGAAGAGAAUGAAAAACUAGUGAUAUUUUGUGUGUGUGGCUGCUUUUCUUUAAGGAUAGACUUUUAAAAAACAACUGAAAUGUUGCAAUCCGUAAUGUAGAUUACAGACUUCGGUCUUUUUUUUUUUUUUUUUUUU